UGGAACAAAAGCCAGAAACCUGAAGAUAUACUGUCCCAGUGGGAAGCUGUAUAUGCUGAAGCCAGGGCUCUUGACCUUCCAGAAGUGAGUGGCGACAGAGCUCAAAAGGACUUUAUUCAAGCAAUCCGCGCUAUCGACGAUUCAUAUGUUACAGCACUUGAAGUCAACAUUGAACAAAAAGAAUUAGACGGCGGUAAAAUACCAGAAUUAUACUGCCUAAUUGAGCGAUUCCGCAACCACGUUCGUAAGCAAGACUCUCUCAAGGGACUCAAUUCUACACACGCUUCUUUUUCAACCACAGAACAGCAAGAGCCACGACAGCAAUCCUUUAAAGGAAGAGCACUUACAACACCAUCACAAGCCUGUCCGUACGAAUGCUACUGUGGAGAAGGAAAGCACUGGUUCAGAGACUGUUUUUACAUCAACAAGAAGAUUAGGACACAAACCUGGACUGGAAAAUACGACAUCUUUGUCAAGAUCAACGAGUCUCUCAAUAAUCCACAACGAACGAGGACAAAAGCGCACCUGAAAAGGAACUUUGAGUACGACUCUGACGCACCUAUUCCAAAAGGAGCUGUUAAUACAAAAGCUCACGGCGACUUCGCCACUUCAUAUAAGUCCAGUUUUAGCACGUCAGCAGACCAGAAUAG